AUGGGCAGGCCCUCCCCAAACGGCCCCAUCAGCCGCAGAGACGACGCAAAACUCAAUCAACACUACAAACAGCAAGGAGCGCCAUAUUGUGGAGCGGUGGGCAGCAACGCCAGAAGCAGCGAGAUCAACAAGGCCAUGCUCUCCCGUGCCGCCAACCCUCAGGAUUACGCCCGCCCAGGAGUCACGCCCGCAGCCGCGCCCCUGCCAGAGCACUAUGCCCCUUUGGUGUGGCCGGUUGCUUGUGGCGUCCUCAGAACUGUGUUUGCCGGGCACUGGGGUCUGCAGGCCAGUCAGCAGCGCAUGCAGCCAUCCAGACCUGAGGCGUGCGCAAACACAGCUGGCCCGUCUGCGCCUUGA